CCCACGAGAUUCUGUUAAGGGGACCAGAUCAUUCAUGACCUAGUUCAUCAACGCAAUGUAAAAUAUGCCACUUCGCGAACCUGGGCUUCGUUUGGAUUCUCACGUAUAUCUUCUCGUUUUCGAAAGGAAAGUACUUCCCUCAUUUUUGUAUUGCAGGCCAAUGGUAGUGUUAGCCAUCAAAACCGGCACCCGCACCGAGGAUUCCAGGUGAAACUUGUGCAUGAGUUUAGUUAGCCUCUUUGGUUAGGGGGGGCCUGUCUGCGGUGUUAACCGUGGCUAACUUGAUUGAGCAAAGAAGCCAAGCAUCGCAUAUGCUGAAUGAACCAACACCAACGCCAACCAGGCAGUUUUGAAAGGUGCGUCCGUCGUUCUCAUUCCUCCUCUCCGUCAAUCUGGACCAGGGUUCAAUACCGUUAGUCAGAAAUGUCUUGGCCACGUUUGAUUGUGGGUGUGGCCAAUGGCCUUCGUCCCGGAGGCUCGGCUUUCCGCCCCUUAGCCUGUACCUCCUCGUUUUCCUCGUACAUCUCGUUCCCACGGUCUCAUCAAUGGAACAAGAAUGUGGCCGAAGCCGAGAAGCUGGUGGGCUUCCCCACGUCCAUGAUGAGCUUCCAGAAUCUGAUGGAUAAUGACGUCACGUCCAUGACCAGUCACGUGAAGAAGCUCUUGGGAUCCGGCCAUCCCCUGCUCAAGACCCUCAAGCGCUUGGUCUACCACGACAAGAACAACCUGCAAGUGCGCGGGCUCAUGGUCUUGCUCAUUUGUCGGGCCUUUUCCGGGCAGUUCGUGGACGUGUCGGAUCGCCACGCGGACACUGGAAUUUUAGACCGGCAACGCCAAUUGGCCGAGUAUCUCGAGAUGAUCUUGUCCGCUCAAGCCAUUCACAAGAGCGUGCUCAACUUGCCCAAUCUCCAUGAUGGUCGGGAUGUUCAGGGCAAGGACGACCUCUUGGAGUUGGAAUACGGCAACAAGAUCGCCAUCUUGGGCGGGGAUUACCUUCUGGCGCAAGCCUGUGUGGGCUUGGCCAAUUUACGCAAUACUUAUAUCUCUGAAAUGAUAAGUGUGGCCAUUGCGGACUUUACUCAAUCCGAGUUUCUCGGGCGACGCGAUAUCCAAGGCCGGUUUAUACCUGAUCCCAGUCAUAUUACCCAAGAAAGUUGGGUCAUUCGCAACACGUUGGCCUACGGGAAUCUCAUGUCGCAAGGUUGCAAGUCGGUCAUGCUACUGGCUGAUAUGGAUCCACAAAGCCAAGAACUGGCCUGUCGCUUGGGACAUAAUCUCUCGUUGGCUUUGCAAGCCUAUUCUGAGUUGGAACCAUUUCUCGAAGAGACCAUAUCGCCACGUGAGAUCCUGGAUCUCUCCGCUGCUCCUGUUUUGUUCCACUUGCAAGAGGAUCCUGAACUGUUGCAUGAAGUUCAACACCCGGAGGACAACAACACCGAAAACUUGAACACCAAAAAGAUUCUGAACGCCAUCAUGGCCAAGAGGGUUGGUUUGGAUCGAACCCAAGACUUAAUAAACAUUUACGUCCAAGAGGCUUUGGAAGGUAUUCAAAAGCUUCCCAACGGUCAAAAUGAAUCGGGAAAAUCUGCCAAAAACCUUCUAGAGGAGUUCGUUGCCUUCCUGAGAGCGUAGUGAUAAAGAGGUUAUGGUCGGUGAUGUGGCUAUGUACGUACAAGUUAUUGUUAUCAAGCAUGUCUUCAAUGAAACUUGUUUGAAAAACAACCAGCAAAAAAUCAAUCCUUUUUAUC